GGCAAAGAAAAGAAAGAAGCAAACGCAGACAUGUCCGACACGCGUCUCAGUGGGCUGGCCAGGGCCGCACGCGAGUCCGUUCGCGCACAGUCGCGCAGGAAGCGCGGCAAAGCAAAGGUGGGCCGCUCUGGCUCGGCAUGGACGCUGCAAGACAUCAAAAAGGCGCUCCCACAGGACAUGCAAAACCAGCACGUGGAGCGUGCAGGGCCAUGGGAGUUUGAUCCAAAGAAGCUCAAGAACUUGAAGCCCGUUGGUUCCGGCAACUUUGGCAAGGUGUACGUUGGAGUUGCGCACGGCAUCCUCAAAGGCGAAAAGAAGACGCGGGUUGCUGUCAAGACGCUGACGUCGAAAGGGUCGAAAGUUGAGCAGGAGUUCCUGCAGGAGGCCGGCAUCAUGCAGAACAUCGACGGGCCGCACCAGAUUGUUCGCCUCCUCGGCGUCUGCACCAAGCGCAAGCCCAUGUACAUGAUCAUGGAGUUCAUGUCGCGUGGCGAUCUCAAGGAAGUUCUCCGCCACAACCGCCCAAAGAAAGGGAAGCCGUCUGCGCUGAGUACGCAGCAGCUUGUGAAGAUGGCGAGCGACGUGGCGGAGGGCAUGGCGUAUCUCGCAGCAGCGAAGAUCGUGCACAGGUACGAUCUGAUGCGCAAGUGCUGGAUGGAGGAGCCGGAGGAGCGGUCCUCCUUCCCCGAUCUCUACAACGCCCUCCUGGCGAUGUGCGGACGCGUGCCAAAAGCGCCGAUUGUUCGGUCUGACGACGACGAGCAGAAGGAGGUGAUGGCGUCGACAUACAGCAUCCCGCAGGACGCAUUGCACACAUACGACGCCGAGGACAGCGCCGAAGAGGAAGACGAGUACGACCCAUACGGUCUCGCCUCCGUCGACCUCUCCGCUUACGGCCUCUGCGGUGAAGACCUCCCAACUGAUGAUGAUGACGACGAUGUGGACGAGGCCGCAUAUGUGCUGGCGACGGCACAGAACUCCACGCGAUCAAAACCAGCCCAGCAGUCCACCGCCGCCACCAGCACACACGACGAAGGUGAUGGUGAUGAUGAUGACGACGUUGAAGAUGAGGACGAUCCCGUCGUGUACGCCACCGCUGAUGGCGACAUUGAGACCACAACACCGCCAACACCGCCGCCAGAAACGGCGACGAGUACAGCAACCAGCGCAAAGCCGAAAGCGACGCGCGGACUGACCGCUGAGGAGCGACAGGCCGAGGUGGCCGACUGGAUUGAGCGGGCGCUGGGCGAGAAGUGUGCGGAGGAGACAAUGCACUCGUGGCUGAAGAGCGGAGAGGUGCUAUGCCGCCUCAUGAACAAGAUCAGCCCAGGCAGCAUCCCAAAGUACAAUGCUGGGACGACGCGCGCGUUCAAGCAGAUGGAGAACAUUGGCCGCUUCCUCGAUGCCGUCACGCACUUUGGCGUGCCCUCCAGCGACAGGUUCAUCACGAAGGAUCUGUUUGAGGAGGACAACAUGCGGCGGGUGGUGAACUGCAUCGCACAGCUGCGCAUUGUAGCGCAGAGCAAGGGCUUUACCGCCUAGCCACGCAUCCUGCCACCACCACCACCACCAUGACCACCGCCACCCAGCAGCAGCAACUAAGGGGACGGACGCAACCACGCACGAGGCGACAGCUGGCUGGCGUCUUGUUAUGAGUGUGUGUGUUUGUCGUUCACACCCUUCCCCUCCCCUUUUUUCCUCUGCUCCAUUUCUCGCUCCUCACAAGCACAACUUACAAUUCAUGCCACCCUCUCGCCAAACGCAUCAGCGACACCAUCAAACCACAUUCCCUCUUUCGUGCCUUGUCUCCUUUCCUUUCUCCCCCCCCCCUUUACCACCAUCAUCACCACCAUCAUCACCAUCACCGUACCCAACGCAAGGUGUUUCUCGUUGGGGUUACAUUACGUCUUGUUCGGCAGACUAUGAGUGCUUCAGUUUACAUUACACAAUCAUUCGUCAGUUACGUCUUCCAUCAUUACAACAGUUAAAACCACG